AUGUAUACUGAUAUGGAUCUUCAUUCAAUUUCAGUCGAUUUAAAUGGUUAUCCAAUUGCCGAAGUACAAUCAUCACGUUCAUCAAUUCAAUUAAAAACAAUUGAUUAUAGUGAAUUAUUACGUAAAAUAGCUGGUAUUAAUAUUGCAUCUUUAACUUGUACGAUUAUUUGUAUUGUUUUUGAUUUAAUUGUUACAUUGAUUAUAUUGAGUAUGGGUGCAUUUAAUCAAUCAUCGUGUCCAAUAGAAUCUCGAAUACCAAUUUAUUUAAUUGUAUUCAGUAGUGUUAAUCUUGGAAGUAUAUGUUUUACUAUUGUUGCUAGUAUAAUUCAUUAUCGACAAGAUGAUGAAAAUUUAAUUGGAUUUUAUUAUGUUCAUUGUUCAGCUAUUAUUAUUAUAAUAUUACAAUUAUUUAAUUAUAUUUGGCUUAUUAUUGGAAGUAUUUGGAUAUUUCGAGUUUUUAAAUAUGUACAAUAUGAACAAAUAAAUCAAACAACUUAUUGUCAAGAAAAUUUUUAUCAAUUUUCAAUGGUUUCAACUAUUUUACAAUAUGCUCUUUCAUUUGUAUUUUGUGGUUGUAAAAAUCUACCUUGGAAUUUUUGA